AAGCGACGUGGUUCCCAGCCGCAUUUGAGGAAGAGCGGCUUCUCCCUUUCCUGCGUUGAAUGUUUGUUCUAUAUCGGAGGUCUUCAAACUUGGCAGCUUUAAGACUUGUGGACUUCAACUCCCAGAAUUCCUCAUAGACACCGGGGGGGGGGGAGAGAGAGAGGCUAAAAAUCAAGAAGCGUUGACGGAGCUUCUUGCAAUCAGAAGUCUCAUUUAGAGAGUGAAUUCGUGUAUACUGUUUAACCCAGGGAUCUCCAACCUUGGCAACUUUAAGACUUGUGGACUUCAACUCCCAGAAUUCCUCAGCCAGCUUUGCUGAUGAAUACGAACGACAAGUUAGUGGCUGAAAUGCAAACACCUGAGCCAACGCAGAAAAUUGAUCCCAACAUCCUGGAUGCAGCUUUGAAGAUGUGUCUGCUAAAAAACUCAGGGCCAGGAAGAAAUCAACCUUCCUCUCCACCUCAUGAAGGCAAGGUGAGAAAAAGGAAGGCCAUUGCGGAGGAGUUUGGCCCACAUCCCACCUCCAAAACUUUCCGCACUACUCAGGACUCUCAGCGGGAGACCCUAGAGCUGUUUGACUCAGAGCAAAACAAAAAGACAGGCAACCUUGUCUUCAGGCAGACGCCAAAGGCAAUAGGGAACUACCUGCGGGGUUGGCAGAUGGACGUACCUAAAGAUCAUCCCCUCAGCAUCGACCCAAGAGCUUUCUUGCAGGGUGUGCACCCCCAGAUCUGCCAGAAGCUCAUAGAAGAAAUUCAGGCAUGGAGAGGAGUCAAAUUCCAGCUGGUGCUAAAGGUUGAUCUCUGGAAAGACACUUGCUCGGAGGCUAUGCUUCGUCACAAACAGAAAGUUGUCUUGCAGAACAGUGAGAUCGACAUGGCACUAGACGAGGCAUUCACCACUAUUCAGAAGAUGCUUGAGAAUUGGAUCCAGAGAGGCUCCGGCUGGGUGAUUGAAAGAGUACAGACUCUCUGGCUUAAUAUUGCCCGGUAUCAACCCUUCCAGGGUGGCUCCUACAUCUCACAAUCAUCUGUGGUGAGAAACACAAAGGCGGUCAUCAACGUGAAAAACAAAGGUGAUCACAGUCUGAGGUGGGCACUCCGCUCAGCCCUGUUCCCUGCAGAAGACCACGUGGAUAGACCCUCCAAGUACCCCACUCAGGACGGCCUUGAUUUCAAAGGGAUCCAAGCCCCCACACCCAUCUCCCAUAUCCAGAGGGUAGAAAAACAGAACAAUCUAGCCAUCAAUGUCUUUGGCUGGGACAAGGGCGUCAUCAUCCACUGGCUCAGCUGCCAGCCAAGAGACAUACCUAGGAUCAACCUCUUGCUGAUCGAGGAGGCUGGUAAGUUCCACUACGCCUGGGUGAAGAAUCUUGACAGAUUCCUGUCUCAUCAAAGUAAGCAUCGAGAGCGCAAAAAUUUCUGUGAGAGCUGCCUCCACUGCUACACAAGGAAACACCUGCUGGAAGCCCACAAACCUUAUUGCCGUGGGAUUGGGCAGACAGCAGUGAUAGAGGUGAUGCCAAAAGAAGAUAACAAGCUUUUCUUCCGGAACUACCACAAGCAGCUCCCAUUCCCAUAUGUCAUAUAUGCUGGCACUAUGGCCCUCACCAAACCGAUCAAGGGCUCCAAGCCCAACACUACAAAGAGUAACAUUCAGAAAACACAUCAGCAGGAGGCCUGUGGCUAUUCUUAUAUAGUUGUGCGCUAUGAUGGUAAGACAGAGCAACCAGUUAUAAAAAGAGGGCAAAAUGUAGCAAAGGACUUUCUAAACUGUCUCCUAAAAGAAGUUGACAAAAUCAAGUCAGAGCUGGCCAAAUUCCACCCCUUAUUGAUGACCCGAGACGACCAACAGGCCCACAAGACAGCCACUAUCUGCCAUGUUUGUCAGAAGCCACUUUAUGGAAAGAUUGUCCGUGACCAUUGCCACAUCACAGGAAAAUACCGAGGUGCCGCCCACAAUGACUGUAACCUUAAGCUGAGGCAGCACUCCAAAAAUCCAGUCAUUCCAGUUUUCUUCCACAACCUGAGGGACUAUGACUCCCACUUCCUGAUGCAGGCUAUCUCAGAGGUAAAGGAGCAUAAGAUCACCUGCAUUCCAAACAACACAGAGAAAUACAUCUCCUUCUCUGUAGGGCCCCUCCGGUUCAUUGACAGUGCCCAGUUUAUGCUGGCAUCUCUUGACAAACUUGUUUCAGCUAACCAGUCUGAAGGCUUUCAAAUUAUGGCUCGAAUUGAGCCCAGUAGAGAAAGACGAGAACUUCUGCUGCGUAAGGGCGUCUACCCAUACGAGUACAUGGACUCUUGGGAACGGUUCACUGAGUUGCGGCUGCCAGGAAAGGAAGCAUUCUACAGCAAGCUCACAGAGGAACACGUAUUGGAGGCUGACUACAACCAUGCCCAAGAGGUCUGGAGUGCCUUUGGGUGCCAAACACUAGGGGACUACCAUGACCUCUAUUUGCGUACAAACGUAGUCCUCCUAGCAGACGUCUUCGAGACCUUCCGGAAGACUUGCAUGCAGCAAUAUGAUCUAGACCCUGCCCACUAUUAUUCAAUUCCAGGCCUUUCUUGGGAUGCACUGCUAAAAAAGACUGGUGUGGAGCUGGAGCUGCUCACAGAUCAUGACCAGUACCUAUUCAUUGAGAAAGGGAAACGGGGUGGUAUCUCCAUGGUUUCAAAGCGCUACGCAAGAGCCAACAACCCACUGGUAGAGGGCUAUGACUCUUCUAAGCCAACUUUUUACAUCAUGUACCUUGAUGCAAAUAACCUAUACGGAUGGGCCAUGAGCCAGCCUCUUCCUACAGGUGGCUUCAAGUGGGAAAAGGAUUUGCAGAGUUUGGAAAAAAACAUAGCGAACCAUCCAGCAAACAGCCCAGAGGGCUUCAUCCUCGAGGUGGACCUGGAAUACCCUGUAGAGCUCCAUGACGUGCACAACGCCUACCCACUGGCCCCAGAGCGCAUGGUAGUUCAGGAAAACUGGAUGUCAGAGUACCAGCACAACCUCAUUGGCAAAGGCAUGGCAUCUACCCAGGUUGAAAAACUGGUCCCCAACCUCCGCAAGAAGGAACGCUAUGUGCUACAUUACCGCAACCUUCAGCUUUACCUUUCUCUUGGCAUGUGCCUGAAGAAGAUUCACCGGGCCUUGAAAUUCAAGCAGAGCCCUUGGAUGGAGCCCUACAUUAGGAUGAACACAGACCUCCGCAAAAAAGCGAACAGUGACUUUGAGAAAGACCUGUACAAGCUAAUGAACAACAGCGUGUUUGGGAAGACCAUGGAGAACCUCCGCAAGCGAGUCAAUGUCAAACUAGUACGUGCAAACGAGGAAAAGGAACUGCGGAGUCUGAUAGCCAGCCCGGCAUUUGCACAGGCAAACAUAUUUGAUGAUAACUUGAUAGCCAUCCAGGUUCACAAGAGCCGCCUACUCCUCAACCAACCUAUAUGUGUGGGUAUGAGCAUCCUUGACCUCUCAAAAUAUCUCAUGUACGACUUCUACUAUAACGAGAUGAAGGUUCAGUAUAGGGAGCGCUGCCAACUCCUUUACACAGAUACCGAUUCCCUUCUUCUUGAGAUCCAGACAAAGGAUGUAUAUGAGGACAUGAUCACAAAGGCAGACCUCUAUGACACAUCUGACUACCCAAAAGAUCACUUCCUCCACAGCAUAACAAACAAGAAGGUCUUAGGGAAGAUGAAGGAUGAGUGUGCUGGAGUGCCUAUCGCUGAGUAUGUUGGCCUGCGUCCCAAGAUGUAUUCGAUCCUGGAGGCUGGAGGCCCAGGGGCCAAGAAUAUCAAGAAGGCCCAGGGUGUGAAAAAGAACGUUGUGGAAAAGCACAUCCGUCAUGAACACUAUAAAAAAGCCCUCGACAGCAUCAGCACCUUCCACUGUUGUAUAUAUGUGUUGCAGUCUAAGCAUCACCGCAUCUAUGGGCAAUACCUGAACAAGGUGACGCUGUCCCCCUAUGACAACAAGCGCUGGAUUGCAAAAAAUGGGGUGGACACCCUAGCCUAUGGCUACAAGGAUGCCAUAGGCCUGCAGUACCAGGCUAUGAGUGAAUGAUGCUACUUUGUAACAUGUGAUGGCAGCUGGGUAUCAGGUGGCAUCUGGAAGAACUCUUCCUAGACAGUUGGUAUGAAUUUCUCUUUGUGGAAUGUAGAAUAUUAAACCAAAAUCCGUGUAACCUAAAAUAACCUGCUAAAAUAGCAGACUGCUGUUACCUCAUGCCUCCCACCGACCCGUACGCUCUCACAGAGAGGGACUUCUCAGGGUGCCGUCCGCCAAGCAAUGUCGGCUGGUGGCCCCCAGGGGAAGAUCCUUCUCUGUGGGGGCUCCCACCCUCUGGAACGAACUUCCCUCGGGUUUACGCCAAAUACCUGACUUUCGGACCUUCCGCCGCGAACUGAAAACACAUCUAUUUAUUCGCGCGGGGCUGGCUUAAAUUUUAUUGGUUUUAAAUUUCUAUUAUUAAUUUUAAGGGUUUUUUUAGUUUUAUAUAUUUUAAAGUUUUUAGGCCAACUAUAUAAUAAGUUUUUUAAUCUGUAUUUUAAUUGUAUAUUGUACCGCUUGUUUUACCUUGGCUGUACACCGCCCUGAGUCCUUCGGGAGAAGGGCGGUAUAAAAAUCGAAUAAAUAAUAAUAAUAAUAAAUAAUAAUAAUAAAAAUAAA